CCAGAAAAUGCACUCUCAACAUGUAAAACUAAGUGACGAUCCAGAAUUAUCUGCAAUUUGUUCAGCUCUCCUUUUAGCUUUCAUAGAGAACUCUCGUGUUUUAAGAUAUUGUUCAGGAGGUGGAGAUUAUACAAAUACAUAAAAUGAUUUUGGAGAUCAUUAAUUAGAAAUGGAUGUAUAAUGUGAACUAAAUGUUAAUACAGAAUUAAAGAGAACAGGAUUUGUUAGUCAUACAGCAAGUGAAGAAACACCAGAAGUAUAUAUUCUAUUUUUAUUUAUUUUAGAUGAAGCUUUUAACUGAAGGUGGAAAGUAUAUUGUAACAUUUGAUCCUCUAGAUGGAAGUUCAAUAAUUGGAACUAAUUUUGCAGUGGGAACAAUUGUUGCAAUUUGGAAAUCAGAUGAAAAUUUAUUGAUAGGAAAAAGAGGAAGAGAUAUGGUUUCAGCUUGUUGUUGUCUCUAUGGUAGUAGAACUAAUGUGAUAUUCUGGAAUGAAAAAGAAUAGAAAGUUUAAGAAUACACAUUAUUUGGUAUUAGCAUAUUUUAUUUUUAGAUGGUGAUAAAUAAGGUCAUUGGGAAUUAACUAAAGAUAAUAUUAAGAUCAAGCCAAAAGGUAAAUUGUUUAGUCCAGGAAAUACAAGAUGCAUAAUAGAUCAUAUUCCAUAUAGAGAGGUUGUUGAUUAUUGGAUUCAUAAUGGCUAUACACUUAGAUAUUCUGGUGGCAUGGCUCCAGAUAUUUGUUAGAUCUUCUUAAAAGAAGUUGGUGUCUUUUCCUGUUUUGGAGAUGCCAAAAAUCCAUCUAAAUUAAGAUAUCUCUAUGAAUGUGCACCAUUAUCCUUCUUAAUCGAGAAGGCUGAAGGAAAAUCAUUUAAUGGCAAACAUUCAGUUCUAGACACUGAAAUCACAGGUUAUUAAUAAAAAAGCGAAAUCAUUGUUGGUAGUUCAGAAGAAAUUGAAUUUUUCAAAUCAAUCUGGAAAAAACAUGGCAUAUUAAAAGAAUGAUGUAAUAUA